AUUCCAGGCCUUAGAAGGAGUGGGGGCCUGUGGGCAAAGUGGAAGAGGAGGCAAGGCAGUGCAGGCCAGUGGCAGAGGAAUGUGGGGGUCAUUCACUCUCGCUGCCAACUUCCAUUUCUGGGGCACCCCAAUGUUGUCCUUUCUGGGCCAAGGCCAGGGAGGUGGGAGGUCAGGGGUCCUCAUAGGAGAAGCUGUCCCCCAAGAUCUCGAGGAGGGAGAGAGGGAGAGGCGGGGCUAGGGCUGGAGGGCGGUGCUCGCGGGACCGGGCAGCUCCAGGCUCUGGGGACCCCUGUGCCUCGUCCACUUCUCCCUUGCCCGGGCUCCGCGGGGCUGGCAGUGCGGGCCGCCGGGUGCGUGGGGCCUGUCCGCCCCGCCGCUGUCCCCGGCCGCGCGGCCACGGGAGCCCCCUCCCCCCGGGCGCGCUGCGCGCUCCGCCCGAGCCGCCGCCGCCCGCGUGCUCCCGCUGUCUCCUCGCUCCAGCCGAGCGAGCCAGAGGAACCGGGGAGAGGGAGAAAGCGAAAGGGGGAGGAGAGAGAGGCGAGAGGGAGAGAGAGGAGGGAGGGAGGGAGGGGAAGAGAGCGAGCGAGGGAAGAGAGGAGGCGGUGGCGAGGGAAGAGCGAGUGCGGAGCGCCGAGCGGGGCUGCUCCGGAGCCAGCGGAGCCUUCUCCGAUAGCCGCCCGCCCCCUGCCCGGGCCCGGCCCCUGCCGCUUGCGUGGUCGGAGGAGACGCCGCCGCCGCCGCCCGAGCCGGGCCCCGCACCGCACGCCCCUCGCCGCUGGCCAGCUGGUGCCCGCGCGGCCGGGACGCCGCUGCCCGCUCGGGGGUCGGGAUGCAACCGGGGCAUGGCCGCCGGGCCCCCGUCACCUGCCGUGGGGAGCGCUGAGCCCGUUGAGAAUCUGAGAACCUGAAGCUUUUCCUGUUGAUUCUCACUAUUCUCCCAGCAAACUUCCACCCGAGAAAGUUCCAGAAAGAGCCCCACGGGAGGCCUCCCUGCUACAGCGAAGCAGACCUCACCCACCCCUACCAGCGUUAAGUCAGAACAGCCAGAGGAAGAUCCCGCCAGUCUUCCCCCUGAGCGGGUCCACGGGCCCCUCCGGCCGGGAAUCCGUCCCCGGAGCUGUCUAUUGGCAAACAGAGAGCCCACAGUGCCUCGGGAAAAAUUGGCUGAAUAAAAGAACGUCUUGGGGACUUCUCCCAGGAGCCUGGAGUUCUGGAGCACGUGACCUGGGCAGUACGGGUCCACAGAAAGUGACUGGAGUGUGGGUGAGAGAUGCCGUGCCUCUGUGAGCUGUGGGACCUGAGCC